AUGCCAUCAUCAUCAAUCCGGAAAAAAAUAUGUGGCCUGAUACGUACCACAUUUUCAUCUUUAACAUCUGAUGAUUGUAAUGACAAUGAUAAUGAUGACAGUGAUGGUAACUUAAUUAGUGAUAGAAAUAAUAAACAUAUUAUAAGUAAUGGCACUGUUGUCACAACUACAAUUACUACUAAUCCGUGUCUUUUUGACGGUUGCUCAUCAUUAACUCCAACAUCCAGUAAUUCCUUCAUUUCACAAUGCAUUUUCAAAAGCAAAAAAAAAGGUGUGAAAUAUGGAAGAGAAAUUUAUUCUGGUAAAACGGGUCUUGAUUUGCCGAUUCUACUGCUAGAGCCUUUGUCUAGGAAUGUUUGUGCUUCAUAUACUGGUCCAGAAGGUGGACUUAUGGAGGUUGGAGGCAUACGUCGUCAACCGAUUGUUCGGAUGGCAAAUUUAGAUGAUGAGCUUUGUUUAAGUUUUGACGGUGACUUAUCUGCAGAUAUAGGAAAUUCUUUGAAUGAUAAAUUUGAAGUUCUGCAACAUAAUCAUUUACGACAGUCUUCGUCCGGUUUGAUAGGUUCAUGUACAUCACUGGUUGAUUCAUUGAGUACGGAAGAUGCAGCAAUACGAUCAGAUGCUGAAAAUUAUAAUUGGAAUUGUUUCGAUGAAGAACGCUGCUUUGGGAUAUCAACAACAUUGUAUGAGCAAAAUCCGUUGACGGGAGUAAAUGCUGGUAAUCCAAUAGCAGAUGCUUUUGGUAUUGUUGCUCGAGAUAACAAUGUUGUAAUGGCAUUGGCUGAUGGUGUUAAUUGGGGCGAAGGAGCUCGUUUAGCUGCACGAUGUGCAAUACGAGGAGCUAUUGAUCAUCUCAAUUAUCAUCUUUUUGCGGAAGAAUGUAAAACAACCACUGAAAUAUUUCAUAGAUUACUUGGUGCAUUUCAUUCCGCUCAUGCAUUGAUUUUGCAAGAAGGUGGUCUUCUAACAACACUUUGUGUGGCUGUUGCAGUACAGCUGAAAGGAAGUACUAGUUGGGUGCUUUGCGUAUGCAAUGUCGGUGAUUCACUAUGUUUUGUGUACAGUCCGGAGACUGGUGUUCAAGAGGUUACAAUUGCUUCACACGAUAUAUGCAGUAUGCGUGAUAUGCGUGAUGCAGGUGGUGCGCUGGGACCUGUUGACGGCACGAAUCCUCAGUUGCACAAUCUGACAUGUUCGAUGACAUUCGUAGAACCGAAUGAUGUGAUAUUCAUAACAUCUGAUGGUGUAUCUGAUAAUUUCGAUCCAGUAGUCGGAAAAUUUUGCGUUAUCAAAAGGCCAUCAGAGCCAAUCAGUGCUUCAGAAAAAUGCGAACCAGUUUCAGUGUCAAUAGAUAGUGAGAACAAAAGUCAAGAUGCUGAAUUUGCUCGAAUACGGACCUGCAAUGCGUCACUUCCAUGUGUUAAUGCUGAGGAGCGUCAUGAAUUAAUGUUGCUAAGGAUGGGUGAUAUAAUUUCGAACGGUAUCCUUCCACCUAUUUCAAAAUUAAGAUCUUCACCGGCACGCCGACCACGGUCACCAGUCGGCAAUGGCGCUAUUAUUAGUGCCAGCAAAUUGUGUCACAAUCUCAUUCAGUUCGCUCGACAGCUAUCCAUGGCAAAGCGUCGAACUCUAGAAGACCCAGAAUUGUAUCAAAUUGAAAAACAGCUAUCAAAAAGUGAGCAACGUAAUCAUCGUAAAAUGGUACGAUGUAAAUUGAGUGAAAUGCCUGGAAAAUUAGACCAUGCAACAGUUGUAGCUUUUAAAGUUGGGAUUUGGCCAAACGAUGAUGGCGCAGCAAGUGAGAAAUCCUUAUUAGCAAAUGACUGUUUGAAUGAUUCCGUUUCAACCAUACAUUGUGAAAAUGAAGGAAAUGAAGAAAAGAAUGAUUUUGUGGUACAUGCACAAACUUCAAUGCCAUGCAGUGAUCCGGAGAGAGCAACUGCAACGCUGAAUGUGAAUGUUGAAAGUAUACAACUUGAAUUAAUUGGGAUGAAUAAGGGAAUAAAAAAUAGAAAUCCUUAUCAAGAGAUGCCGAUAUCAAACAGAUCGGAUAAUGUUAAAAUCCAGAAAAAGCAUUCUCGUGGAUCCGUUGGUCGUCAUACACUUUCAGUGGAUGUCGCAUGGUUAAAGAAAUUUAUAGUGCUCAAGAAUUCCGCAAGUGGAUCCGUAAAUGAAGAGAGGACGAAGAACAAUUAUGGUGCGGAAACUGAAAGGCCGCAAACAUUAUCAUUACGUCAGCGCCUUCGUAGUCUGAUGGGUUCAGCUCGUAGUAUAAUUCAGACGGGUGCCGCCGGAACACCGGACAGAGAAUUAUCUUCACGCAGUCCAUUCUCAAAGAAAGUGUCUUCCGCCAAUUCAUCGCCAAGGAAAAAAUCACAAGCUUACUAA